CCGCCUUUUCUUAUCAAGGAAAAAAUCGGGCUGAGAUUGUUUCGGCUUCCGCCACUCUAGCCCUCGCGCAUGAUGCAAAACAUUCAAUUCGGAACCGGAAGUGAUCGGAAAAUAUUGGUUGGGUUUACCCCCCCUCCCUCACCGAUACAAAAAGUCGCUGAAAGGCUGAUGAUAAAUGCGUGGGUGUGCGCGCCCGCCCGCAUCCAGGAUGAGACGAGCCUUGUAACGACACCUGGCUGGAACUGGUGAACGAAGGAGCGUCUCCCACCGGCAACGCAACAGGGAAGACUCUUUUCCCAUGUUUUCCCUUGGAUGGAAGCAUGCUCUGUUCCACAGGAAACGAUAGCCUUGAUCAUGGAAAAGGGAAUAAGCUCAGUAGAAGUUCCUCCUAUGUCAGCUCAUGCAACUGCAGUAAGGAUGAUGGUAAAAGAACAUGAAGCCAAACCAGCUCAAAAAGUGAGACGAGUGGGAUUUGUACUUGUACAUGCAGGUGCAGGUUAUCAUUCUGAAUCCAAAGCCAAAGAAUAUAAACAUGUGUGCAAAAGAGCAUGUCGGAAGGCAAUUGAAAAGCUACAGGCUGGGGCUCUUGUAACAGAUGCAGUGACUGCAGCACUAGUUGAACUAGAGGAUUCACCCUUUACAAAUGCAGGAAUGGGAUCUAAUCUAAACCUCUUAGGUGAAAUUGAAUGUGAUGCCAGUAUUAUGGAUGGAAAAUCACUCAACUUUGGAGCAGUGGGAGCUCUUAGUGGAAUCAAAAAUCCUGUCUCCGUGGCAAAUAAAUUAUUAUGUGAAGGGCAGAAGGGAAAACUAUCUGCUGGCAGAAUUCCGCCUUGUUUCUUAGUUGCUGAUGGAGCCUUCAGAUGGGCAGUGGAUCAUGGGAUAUCGGCCUGUCCUCCAGGCGUCAUGGCAACAAGGCUUAGCUUAGCGGCUUUUAAAAGGAACAAGAGGAAACUAGAGCUGGCUGAAAAAGUAGAAACAAAUCUUUUUCAGCUGAAGAAAAGACGACAAACAAGUGAAAAGGAAAAUGAGUCAGAAACAUUGGACACUGUUGGAGCAGUUGUUAUUGAUCAAGAAGGAAAUGUUGCUGCUGCGGUGUCCAGUGGAGGCUUAGCUUUGAAACAUCCUGGGAGAGUUGGUCAGGCAGCCCUUUAUGGAUGUGGUUGCUGGGCUGAAAAUAUGGGAUUUCAGAAUCCUUACUCUACAGCUGUGAGUACCUCAGGUUGUGGAGAGCAUCUUGUACGAACAUUGCUGGCCAGAGAAUGUUCCUGUGCUUUGCAGAAUGAAGAUGCUCAUCAAGCUCUGCUAGAAACUAUGCAAAACAAGUUUAUUAGUUCACCUUUUUUAGCCAAUGAAGAUGGUGUUUUGGGAGGAGUGAUAGUUCUCCGCUCUUGUAGGUGUUCUGCAGAGCCCAACACUUCACAGGAUAAACAAUCUCUAUUAGUAGAGUUCCUGUGGAGUCAUACAACAGAAAGCAUGUGUGUGGGAUAUAUGUCAGCACAGGAUGGCAAAGCUAAGACUCACAUUUCAAGGCUUCCACAUGGAGCUGUGGCAGGACAGUCGGUAGCAAUUGAAGGAGGAGUUUGUCGACUGGAAAGCCCAGUGAACUGAACCACUAUGUAAUGGGUCAGCACAAAUGCUAUUUGUAUAAUAAGAUCCUUUGUGUUUUAAGAGAGAGUGAGAUUUCUAUUAUUUUAUAUACUUUUAUUGCAACCACAUGCACCCUAACUUGAAACAAGUGCUGCUGUAGCUUUAGAUUCUAAAAUUUUGUUUGAAUGUAUACGGGAACACAUCUCCCUGGAGAAAAGAAAUUCGGUUCUCACUUGGCGUGGAAUAUUUUAACGUUUAGAAAAGAUUUUAUGAGUUACUUGAUCAGUCUGUAAGACAACAACAACAUCCUGAAAUUGCCAGAAAGAAAUGGUUUUUAAAAAUAGAAGGUAUGCUGAUCACAAAAGUUAUAUUGAGAAUAUACAGAGAGUUGAAAUAAACAAAUGUCAGAAUGUACUCAAUACUAUUUGAUAGUCUCAGGAUGGUCCUAUGAUUGCUUAAGCAUACCCUGAUUUUUCUAAUGGGAUAUAAUAAUUUCUUUCUAGCAAAGAGGAAUUGAUUACAGUGAAACAGUCUAGGACAGAGUUACAGCCAGACUUUUUAUGUUCAGUUAUUCAGUUGUGGUACUUAUUUUGGCUUAAAUGUUACAUAGCUUAAAGCGUUUAUGUAUUAUGAAAGGCUCUGUAAAGAUAACGUACAGUCAUGAAGUCUUUACUUUGUGUAUAACUGCAUAUUGGGAUGUAUAAAAGAACAACAUUUAUUGAAAGAGUUAGUACUAUUCUUUGGUUUAAAUAUAUUUUGAGAGAAUAAUAUAGAAAUAAACUAUUACUGGACAAUGCAAAAUGUAUUAAAGUGGUGAUGUAGAGGAACCCAAUUCUAGCUUUCUUCUGUUCUUUA